GUAAGUGCUCCCUCUGAUCAGGAUGGCUGUGUUGUGGAGUAUAUCCAGCUCCACCCUCCCUCUCGCGCUCAUAUCUCAGAGAUCAGAGGUGUUUCUGCUCAGUCUGUUAGUGAGACAGCAUGUGCACUGACUCCGGACCGCGAGGAUGAUGCCGCUGACGCUCGUCUGCGCGAUGCUGUGCGUCUCCGCGUGCGUCGCGUCGUGUCCGCCGCGCUGCGAGUGUUCUGACGCUCCGCGGACGGUGCGCUGCGCGUCUGCCGCGAUCCCACGCGACGCGAGCAGCCUGAUCAUCACCGGCAACGCGAUUCCCAGACUCGAUCCCAGCGCCUUCAGCGGACCGCAGAACGCCACACUCCUGAACCUGAGCGACAACGGCAUAAUAGAGAUCGGCUCGCACGCGUUCUCCUCUCUGCUCGCGCUGCGUUCUCUAAUCCUGAACAACAACCAGCUGGUUCUGAUCCACCCCGAGGCGUUCUCCGUGCCUGGCAGCCCUCUGCAGGAGCUCAGCCUGCGCUCGUCGCUCUAUAACUACUCGUCUCUGACCGACCUCAUCACCGCCCUGCGCUGGGGAGAGCUUACAAACCUGCUUCGCCUCGAUCUAUCGGGCAACCGCCUUGUCCUCUUACCCCCGGGGGUGUUCGCUCCUCUGCCCAACCUGCAGCAUCUGCAUCUGCGCAACAACUCUCUGGUGGCCAUCUACAAUGGCACAUUCUCUGGCGUCGAGCAACUUCUAGAGCUGGACUUGACUGGAAACGCCUUCAGAACGAUCAGCGACGAGGGUCUGCGCGAGCUGGAGCGACUCGGCCGCGUGCGUUUACUUUUGGGUCAGAAUCCGUAUGCAUGCACUUGCGAAGCGCAAGAGUUCGCAAACUGGCUAAACAGUUCGAAAGUCAGGGUGGACGAUGUGGACGGGCUGUAUUGCGAAUUCCCUGCUUCUCUUCGUGGCGCAUCUUUGCGGGGUAUUAGCGCACAGGGGUUGGGGUGUUACGGUAAUGUUCCCGAAGAGAUUACCGACUUGUCCCUACAAACAUCCUAUGUUUUCCUUGGAUUAGUGUUGGGAUUCGUAGGCAUGGUCUUCCUCUUUGUCGUCUACCUCAAUCGAAAGGGUAUUAAGAAGUGGAUCACAGAAAUAUAUGAAGCCUGUCGAGAUGUGCUGGAGGGGUAUCAUUACCGUUACGAGAUCGACUCCGAUCCACGACUGGGUCACGUUUCGCACGCUCAGCAGCAGAGUCGCCCUCGAAUGGAUCCGCGUUUGGCGCACAUCUCUACUGAUGCCCGUAUCACACAGAUCCCAUCCGACGUGACACUAUAA